CUUAUCAAUGUUCAUUAUUGUCAAGUUAAACAAUCAACAUAAAUUAUGAUGGCUAGUUUUCUCUAAUCAGCUGCCGGCAACAAACCUUGCCUUGUCAGUUAGAUCUAGAUUAUAAUUAGAUCUAUAUGAUUCAUGUCAGUAAUGUAGAACAUAAAUACAAUGUCACAUUACGUUAAAGCAACGAAAAAGACGUUCAGUAAAAAUGCGCACGAUUGUAUUGUUCGGCCGCUACUGAAACAGAGAGAAACUGGAGAGUUGUGUGAUAUUGUAUUAAAAUUAAAUGACCGAUGUUACAACGCCCAUCGUGCCAUAUUGGCCUUAUGGAGUCCCUAUUUUCAUUCAAUGUUUACUUGUGAUAUGAAAGAAAAAAAUAUUAAGGAGAUCGAUUUAUCUGCAUCAUUAAUUUUAGAGCAGGAUACAGUGUUCAGCACAGUGCUGGAUUACAUGUACACAGGCUCACUUCCCCUAACCACAGAAACAAUUACAGAUGUUGUAAAAAUAUCAGAUUUUCUCUUGCUAGAUGAUGUCAGAGAGUUCUGCCAGCAGUUUCUUCUGGGCUUGGGCAACCUUGAUCUCUCCAAUUGCCUAAGAGUCCGAUUUCUGGCAGAGGACCACAACCUACCAGAAGUAGCUGCAGCUGCAAAGUGUAUCAUAGAGUCACGGUUUCAUGACUAUCUCAUUCAUCAUGAGGAUAUACUCGAGCUACCUUGGGUUUGGCUGGUAAAGCUUUUGGAAGACCCGUGUGUCAUACAGCAUACGGGUUAUAAAGAACUUCGUAAACUGGCCAGUAAGUGGAUAAAUCAUGACAAGGUGGCGAGGGUUCCAUAUCUUCAACAGCUGAACUGUGCGAUAUCUGCUUGGGUCUCAGACUACACCAACGAAGCUUCUUAUUUAGGACGUGAGCUUAGAAGAUCACUGGAAGGUAGAGAUGCCAUUGGGCAAAAACAGAACUCUCCAAUUGAUGACAUCAAUAAUCCAAGCCUUGAUAACAGCAUGUAUACUUCCUUAGAACUUCCGUCCAAUGCAGACACUUUAUUACUAGAAAACACAGAAGAUGUGAUUCAGGGCAAUGUUGGGUCAUCUCUCACUUCCCAGAUUCUGUUUACUGUGGUCUGCAAUCAGGGAUUAAAAUUUUUGAAACUUUUUCUUUACAGUCUUGAGGACCAGUUAUGGUUUCACUUUUCUGUGUCUGGAGAGAGACUUCUUAAGUUUGUACCAAUGAGACAGACAGUGUGUAAUAUGUUGGCUCAUGAAGGCAAAGUCUACAUGUACCUGUGUUCCUCUUUCCCUUACCCUACAGAUAUGUUAAAAAUCAAUAUUCUUACCAUAGAUCUGUUUACUGGCCAGCCUGCACUUUUUUCCUUCCGAACUGUGGAUUAUUACAAGCCUACUUAUAGGACUACACUUACAAACUACCGCACAGCUCCCCCUGCCAUGGUCAUGUGCAGUGGUCAGCUGUUUGUUGUUGGCAACAAGGAAGGUACUGGGCACCUGUUUGCAUGUAAUUUAGCAAACAAUCAGUACACCUGCUAUCAGAUUCCCAGUUCUAGAUUCAUCAGCCUGGCUAGGUGUGUGGUAAGAAACAACCGCCAAAUUUUCAUCUGGUACAGACAUAGAACAGGACCAUCAGAAGAGUUUUCUAUUAAAAAGUCAGUAGGGUUUGUUCUCUUUGAUGCUAAGAUGAAAAUCUUUAGCUCUUGGGAGCUCACACCCCCUGACAUCUCAUAUGACGACUUUGCCAAAUGCUACACUAUGUGUGUGAGAGAUGACACAGUUUACAUCUACCAGCCUGGGGAGCCUGCAGUCAUUCUUGAUGAGGUGAGGGUUAAGUGGAUCACUUCUCUUCGCCGUAUUCCAUUGCCAAGCCCUGAGUACAUAAGGGAACCUCAAGCGUAUGGAUAUCAGAUUGCUGUGCCUACUCAAGAUGGCAUCCUCAUUCUCAACAACUGGCAACCAUACACUACCUCUCUGCAUGAGAUAUCUGAAAAAGUUCCAUACCCAAUUUCCCACAUUCCACCCCCUAUCGACAACAUAUCUGUUGCCACCCUGGCUGAGCUGCCCAAGUAUUUACUUCGCAAUUUGCAGCGAUGUAAAAACUAUGAUGAGGCCUAUGCAAGUGCACUUCAUGUAGCCAUGCAGUACUCUGACGGAGAUACUGAUGACAGUGCUGGCUCUGUGUUGGAAGGUGCUGACUCUGAAAAUGAGGAUGAGUAUGAAUAUGAUGAAGAUAUCUAUGAAUAUGACUAUGAUAUGGGGAAUUUUGAGGUUUGAAUUUUAUAAGUGUGAUGUUUUCUUUUCAUUAAUAAGUGUACAGGAUAUCAAGUAACUAUAAAUUAUUCAAAAACAAACCAUAUACUUGUAUACAUAUAUAUAUAUAUAUUUGUGGUAGUGGAUAAAAUGUAUGUCAUAUAUUUUAAAUAGUUUCUUUGGUUUAAAUAAUCAUUUACAACCAAAGAAAUUAUUUCCUGUUAAAUAUUUAAUUGAUACAUGAAUAAAUGCAAAGGGUUUUAUAUUUUCUUAAUUUCUGUUUUCAAGAAAAAUUUGCAAAAUAAAAAGUUGUGACUAUGAUGCAGUGGAUGUUAAUUUUACAGUAUUAAUUAUAUAAAAAAUGCAUUCUUUUUGUUAACCAUUUACCCCAAAUUGUUGAUCGUUGUAGGAUUUUAGCAAUGUCUUAUGUUUUUUGAAAACUUUAGAAUCAUUUUCCUUUAUUCAAAUAUGGAAUCCUGUAUGAAAAUAUAAAAAAUACUUUUUUAAGUAACAAAGCUUAUAUUAAGCGUAGUUGUAUCCAUUAGUUUGGUUCAUUCGUGUAUUUAAAUUUGUAAUAGAUCUAGACUAACAAAAUAAAUAUGCAUGAUUACAAAUAUUUUGACCAAUUGUUUUUGUUUAGCCCAAUGUCAUGCUUUUAGCUUCCUCAAUACGCUCUGAUCCUAUCACUUGUCUGGACCAGUUAGAAAGGGGUAGGAUGAGACAGAAGGGAGUAUCUGGGUGAAAGACCUGAAUUCGAACUUGAGGGCUAAAGCCUUUGAAAGCCAAUUUGCUAACCACUCUGCCAAUGAAUCAUUUAUGAAAAUAGAAGGUUUUAUAGUUAUCCAUUGUUAGCUUCAAACUUUAGAGCGGCGACCUACAAAGUGUAAAGGAUCUAAUUCAACUUAUACCACAUCAGUCAAGUACAAUUUCUUUCCCUUAUUCGAGAUACCAAACAAAAUAAUUAAUCACCAAUAGUUAAUUAAAUAAUUGGUUAAUUUUUGUUUUAUUAAUUCUUGUUUUGUCAGGUAAAAGAAAUAAUUGUGCAAAGUUUCAGCUUGAUCUGAUAUAGGGUGUUGGAGAGAUUUCAUAUACAAACUGUUUACCCCAGACAGAGUGAGCUGAUAUUAGUUUUGUACUAACAAAGGUGAUAAAUCUACUUAGAAGUUUAAAGGGGGAAAAAAGUUUUUAAAAAUAUAAAAUAUUUGAUUCUUGACGAAGCUUUUGAAUAAACAUUACAGCUGUGUACAGAUCUAACUUCACUUUAAUAAGUUUAACUUUGAGAGCCUACAUCUACAUCACAAUGACACCCUCCAAAAAUACUGCAUCAAACCCUUGAUUGGGAAAAAAAAGCAACUUUGAUUCAUCAGUGUUAAUGUUUCAGACUACAAGGCAAAGAGAUCUGCCAAUAGCAAUGAAACAAAACACAAACAAUGCUUCAUAAGACCCAACUUACCCCGUGCCCUGAAUGUACUCAGCUUUUCAGAACUAAUAUCUUUGAAUCAAUAAGAUCGUGCGAUCUUCAACCACAAAGCUCAUCAAUAGCAUCCACUUCAUACCCUAGUGCAGGGGUUCUCAGCCUGUGGGUCACAACCCCCUUAGGGGUCAAUUGACGAUUUGGCAGGGGUCGCCUAAGACCAUCGAAAAUAUGGAUUGGUAUUGUCUAUUCUUCCA